UUUGAAUUUCGAAGACCUUCUCCCUCUCCACCUCGCUCCUCUCUCCUCUCGUGGCCAUGGCGAUGGCAGCAAGGGCGCGCUGCUCGAGGCAACCCAACUCCCAUCGCCUCCUCGCCGUGGUUGUCCUCGCCGCUAUUCUGCUCCUUCCGGUGGCCUCCGCGGCGGCGGCGGUGGUGGCGGCGGUGGCGGAGGGGGACGGGGUGGAGAACCGGUCGGCGGCGAGGCAGUGGGCGACGGGGAAGGACGAGGGGGAGCUGGUCUCCGGGGAGGAGUCGAGGGGAGGUGGGUCGGUGGUGGAGGACGAGUUCGCGGGUGGGUUCGGCUCCCUCGACAGCAUGCUGCAGUGGGCGAUCGGAAAUUCUGAUCCGGAUAAGUUGAAAGAACAGGCAGAGGGUGUGCAGAAAUUGUCUGCAGAUGAGCUGCUCAAGCGGCGAAUGGAGAUCAAGGAGUUGAUGGAGAAAUUAAAGAUGCCGUCAGAUGCUGACUUAAUGAAGAUUGCAAUUGCUGACUUAAAUAAUUCUUCCAUUUCACUGGAGGAUCGGCAGCGUGCACUGCAGGAACUAUUAAUUCUCGUUGAGCCCAUUGACAAUGCUAAUGAUCUUGACAAACUAGGAGGCCUCGUUGCUGUGAUUCAAGAUCUUAAUAAUGCAAAUGAAGAAAUAAGGACCACUUCUGCAUGGGUCCUGGGUAAAGCCAGUCAGAAUAAUGCCCUUGUCCAAAAUCAGAUCCUAGGUUAUGGAGCUUUGGCAAGAUUAGUGAAGAUGGGCUAUGCAACUUCUGCAGAAGAAGCUACAAAGGCGCUGUAUGCUAUAUCCGCUUUGGUUAGAGACAAUAUAAAUGGUCAGGAGGCAUUUCAUUCAGAAAAUGGAAGUGCAAUGUUGCAGCACAUAUUGGCGAGUAAUAGUGUUGACGUUCGGCUUCAGAAGAAGGCAGUGUUUCUAGUGACAGAUCUAGCAGAUUUUCAGCUAAAUUCUGGAAAUUCAGGACUUCCUUUCUUAAGUGACCGUAUUUUUCUUAAGUCAUUGGUUGAUAUGCUGUCAAGAUUUGACCUCGACCUUCAAGAAAAGGUUUUGUUGGCUAUCAAGAGCCUACUGAAGCUUUCAUCCACUGAAGCCACAGAUUUCGAGUCCUGUGACCUCAGCAGUGUACUGUACAGAUUGGGCGUGCAGUUGGAGGAGUUGCCAUCAGAAGAGCAAAAAGAGUAUGCUGGGGAGGUGGAUGACCUCCGGAGAGAAGUCCAAAUUCUGUUCCAAGACAAGCUCAAAGAGGGCACAAAGACUGCAUUGUGAUGAUAUUAGGACGAAUUAACGACGGAUGUAGUAUGCAAUGGAGGCAUUAAAUUUUUCAGGAGUAUAGUUGAUGUUUGGGGCCAUUCUUGCAGUGAUCAGAAUCCUCAGAGGAUCAAAUGGAGUCAUGGAAUAUUUAUCUGUGGAUCUUCGGCCAGGUGGUGACAUAGUGUCUGUAGGAUUUGAUGUAAUCGUAGGUUAGGAUUAUUAACUGUAUGGCUUCUUUUCCUGAAGCUACCUAUGGUUAAUUCAUCAUUCCCUGCACUAUAUUUUAACCACUGCAAUGAAGCAAAUUUUCCCCUUAAGUCACCUGUGUGGCUGUGUCUUCCUCUUGAGAAUGUAUCCACGUGUACUGGAAGUUGAUGUCGAUCAUCUGUUUUCUGGCUUGAGAAUC